AUGCCCUACUUCAAUGGAGAGGCAGAUGCAGAUGUCAGGUGGGUCAAACACGACACAGCCUUAUAUAAGGAUCUUGUUGGUGCAAUGGCCAAUGAAUGCUUUGUAUACCUGUACCAUGGGAUCCUCUACAACAUACCGGCAGUGCCUGCCAGAUUGGACCCUAUUACUGUGUCACUUGUGGGUGAUAUAUUGGUGUUUUUAAUCACUGGUAAGGAUGAAGUCGCAGAGAAUAUCGAAGGCUUCUCUGAUGUGGUUUAUGCCGUCACUUUGCUCACUGUUGGAGAAGUCCUUCUUUACACUGCAAUUAAGAAGGGUAGAGGUCUUCUAAGUAACGGACGCUUCGAUGCUAGUAGGGGGUCUAAGAGCAACCUGCAAGGCAUAUAUUUCAGAUGCUCUGUUGUCGAUCACUUGCCUUCAAGGAUUGCUGAGCCCUCUGCAUCAGACACGACAGCAAUCCAGGAGUUUCCAUUCAUUACAUUUCCACCCUUCCCAAAACCCCCACCGGGUGUGACACUCAUCCCUUUCAAAGAUUUCAGGGUGCACAGGAUACAGUUGUUUGCUGAAGCUGUUGGUGGCCACUGCAAUUUCAUUACAAGAUGGACUCACAUGGUGUAG